AUGACUAAUAUCCGUAUUACAACAACAACAACAACAACAAACCAUUAUCAAUCGCUGUCGUCUUCCACGACGCUUCCUGUACCUUCAACCUAUCACACCUCCUUUCCUGCCAGCCCCGAUUCACUUCAACGCCUAGGCUCUGGCGAUGAUCUCGACAUUUUCGGCAUUGCAGUUUACAGAAGCAGCAUCCCAAAGCAAAUGCGCUUUAUUCGGAAGGUGUACUUGAUCACCACGUUACAGCUCGUUGGCAUGGCAGGACUCGCCACAAUUCUGGUACGCGUCGAUCCUUUCUUUCAAUGGCUGCAGCAUAGCAAAUACGCAUGGUGGGUGCCACUCAUUCCUACAUUUUGUAUCGCUACAUUGAUUGCUUGGCAUUUAUGGAUGCGAUAUUUCCAAUUGGCGCUGGCUCCACGAGUUACCCUAUUGACAUGCUUUUCCAUCCUCAUGGCUAUGAUCGUUUCGGAUAUAGUAUCCAAGCUCUGUUACAUUGAUGGCGUGGUCGUAUUGUUCAUGUCGAUCUUUGGAUUGGCGGGGAUUCUGUUAUUCACUUUACAGACACAAGUAACUUUUUCAGGGACAAAGCCAGUAUUGGUGAGUGCAGUGAGCAUUUGCAUGAGCUCGCCAUGGUUACGACGUGCCUACGAUAUGGAUCCAGUGACUAUUCUGUGGCCUAUGCUGCUUGCAUUGAUCAUUUGCGGUUACACGAUAUUGGAAAUGUAUUUCAUCAUGGGCAAUGUGACAGUCGACGAUUUCAUGCUCGCCAAUGUGUGCUUCUAUAUUGACGCCUUGUAUCCGAUGCGAUGUCUUCAUAAUAUUUGCGAGCUGACUGAUAAUGUUGGUGUCUUUCCCGAUAUUCUGCGUCCAGGGUAUGAAUGA